CGUCCAGCCAACACCAGAUCUUCCUCCACACACCAGGUUAAGUUGGCUGGGCUCAGUAUCUUGUGGCAGUGAAUACGUUGCCAAAAUGGACCCUUAUCCUGACGUAGUCUCUUGUCUGAGCUCCGACCCUCACGACGACGACAUCUCAGACCCUGUCCUGCAUUGUCUGGGAUGUCUCCGCUUCGACGAGCGAAAAAGUUUCUUCGACAUGUCCCAUCCGUUUUGGCAAGACGAAAUCAGCGACGAGUCUACAAACCUGCACCUCCGCGACCCGAGCAAUGCUGUGCGUGAAACGGUUCAAGAACGGCUGCAAAACUGGAAACGCGCUGUCGACUCCAAACUGGAGCGACUGGGGCGCCUCCGCAAAGCCAUAGAGGGAGACGAAGAAUACCGGCACUUGGUAAAGGAUCUUUCCGUUAGCAAGGCGGCUUGGCAGAAUUACUGUGCUAUCAAUGUAGGAAAGAAAAGAAUACAGGUGCGACAGCAGCGACAGCAGGAAAGAACCGCAGGAGCUGCCCCCUCUGGAGGCAUGACAGACACUACAAAAGCCAAGCAAAAUCCGCAGCCGGACAGCCACAUGUACGACCCGGACGACGACUCGACCGCAUAUGUAAUUGAGUUUGAUUCGCACGGAGGUGGUCAAUCCGCCACUGCCUCGCACCAGGCCUUGCACCAGCGGCGGGUGAGAGAACACUCGAUAUCCGUGCAGGCCCUCUUAUAUCCCGAGGCUGGGAAUCCCGGCUCCCCUGUGCACGUCAAGGGCAAACUGUCGGGAAAUAUCCGGUGGAUUCACCUUCCAUCGAAUAACAUGGCGUGGGCCGAGGAGGCAGUCAAGAUGUGCUUUGGUCAAAACCAGGAGUCAAGGGACUCUGCUCCGAUACGGAGACACACUCGCAAUGCAAACAAAUCCGUACCAAGUCAGGCCCUGGUGCCAGAGGUAUGGCAGGCAAAGCCUCCGGAGAGGUCUGACCUCCGUGGGUCUCGCUCGCUGCGCCAGACGUGUAAACUUGUCACCUCGGGCGACUCUUCCGGACGGCCAAUAUCAUCCUCGAUAACUCUUUACGCGCCCUUUCUUUCCUGGGAAAUCUACAGGCGCCAAUCAGUCAUCUCGCAAAUGAUUGAAGUCAACCUGUUCGACCACAAGAUCCGAGCAAAAAGACAGGAACGGGACAGACGCAUGGACCGCAUAGCGCGGCGAACGACCGAUUUAGCUCGCCCCCGAAGCCGACAGUCGCGCCUUGAAUCAAAGAGGCCUCUCGCAGGACUCGAGGAGGGGAGGCCGCGAAGGGCCCGCUCAGAAUUGCACACCGUAGUCGACGUGGUUGGACAGGUGCUGGGCGGCGCGUGGCGCAGCUGGUAUGCCAUGGUGGACAAUAACGGGGUCCUGCGCGUCCACAGCAGGCUCGGCCAGUACCUAGUCGACUGUGCGAGAAUGUACGAGGCCAUGAUGGCGUACCGCGACCGGAAGCUCAUCGAGAGGUACAUGACAGCCGACAAGCCGCUGCACCCCAGGCGGACCCUGCACCGCGCCUUGACGCCGUCUGGCAUGGGAAACUGGAACUCACGCAAGAGAGAGCAGGUUGUUUAUCGCUGGACUUCGCCCAAGCCAUCUGACCUACACCACUUCGACCCCUGGCACGAAGCGUGGCCCACACAUGAGGAGAUGGGAUCCGAGCCUUGUGAAACAUGCACCCAGAACAUCCGCAUGCUGCCCAAGAUCCUCGUGGUUGACCAGCUCUGGAUGUGGAUCCUGAACGAAGACACAAUCAUCACCUGCUUCCCGAACCGGUACGGAGCCGAAGACGACAACGGAGGUCUUUACAAGGCCAUCAGAUCGAGGUUGCAGGAAACAAACGACACCGAAUCUGUAUUUUCUGCCGCCUUGACUAUCGUUGACGAAUGCUCCAACCACUUAUUUGAGCCCAGAGUCGAGGCAAAAGCCCGAGACCAGAACCCUCCUGUGCUGGAGGCCUUCGAUGUAGCCAUUAAAGUCUUGCGCCAGAAACAGGCCCUAUCGCGGGAGAAGCUGCUGCAGUGGGCAAACUAUAUACGGAUGCUCCAGACGCGAAGCAGCAUCAUCCGCGCCUCGACCCAGCUCGGUCCCUGGACUAUGCUCGAUAUCAACCCAGAAGGCCAUAUUCAGGUCGAGAUCGAAGACAUAAAGGAAGAACUGAAAGCGAUACUAAACAUCACCGACAGCCACGAGCGUAUGCUUCUGCAGCUCACGAGCAAUGUUGACAAGGUCCUGGGACUCUCAACCCGCCCUGCUCACAGCCCCUCCGAGCAAGAAAACGCCCAGAUCCAAUCCAAAACUACACAAGCCAACGGGAAAGGCAAAGAAGCGCCCCCGAGGCCUGUCACUGACGAAGAAAAGCGGCAAAGCUUCAAGCUUGGGGCCGCCGAAGCGCUGGCUCGCAUCCGUGACCGCAAGCGCCAGCUCGAGGACAAGAUCAAAAACGCAGACGAGCUUUCGGCAAGCGCUGCCGAAGUCCUGGCGCUCAAGCAGCACACAAUGGCCACGGCCGAGUCGUGGCGGUCGUCCGUGCAGGCCGCGUCGAGCAACAGACAAAACACGGCCAUUGUCAUGUUUACGGUGGUGACCGUUAUUUUUGCCCCCCUAUCCUUCAUGUCCAGCGUGUUUGGGAUGAACGCAGCCGAGUUCGCCAACAACUCGUGGUCCCUGGGAGAGCAGUUCAGCUUGCUCUUCCCCCUGUCCUUCGCCGUCACGGCCCUGACCAUCGUGGUGGCCUUCAGCGCGCGCGUGCAGACCGUCUGCCUGCUCGUGUACCGGCUGCUGAGCACUGUGCUGCUGUACCGCACGGGGCUGUACAGAGUAUGGGUACUGACGGGGGUGUCAACGGCUCGCAUCGCCGCGUGGGCCUACACCGCCGUCGGGUCCACGCGCGACCGCGAAAACGAGAAGAUCCUGCUCAAGCGCCAGCGCCAGCGCGCCGCCCGCAGGCUUGCGCUGCGCGACGAUUUCCUCGCCCAGCGCGACGCCGCUGCUGUCGGGGAUGGGGAGGAAAGUGCCCAAAGGACGGUGGCUGACAGGAACAGUGACGGCGUGACUGAAAAGGCGCCCGUGAAGGGAGGUGAACAGACUGCUGCUGCUGCAACAGUUACUGCUGCGCCGGCGGUGCCAGGGGCUACUGGCUCUGCAGAUCAAGUGGUAACAGGUCGGGCCGAUAACAACGUUUGAUGGUUUGGGGAGUAUGUUGGUUCAGUUUUGGCGGGUGGCUUUGUGAGAAUACACGAAAUCCGAAAGGGUAGACUGUGUGCCAGUGUCUUCUCACUUCAGGAACCAGAAGCAGGCGAGACUGUGCCAGUGUCUUCUCACUUCAGAAACCAGAAGCAGGCGAGAGGUACAUCGAUGCCUUAUCAGAUUCUGGUUUGGCCAUGUUGGAAUAAAGGAUAAUUAGUUAAGAAAGCUACUCCUCCUGAAGAAUAGGAAAACUCCUCACAAGCUCC